AGCCUAUGAUCGCUGUCUGUUCAGGCUGCUUCUUGCUCUUGUCUCAGAACAAGAAAGGAGUGCUGCUUUCCUGGGGUAUGCUAUUUGAGAAAGAAAGUAACCUAACACUAACUGCAGGCGGGGUCGGAGUGAUGUAACAGGAAGCUCUGAUGUUUCCCUUCUGCUGCUGAUCACUUACAAUCUGACAACACUUCCAAUCUACUCAGAACAACCCUUUUCGCUCCAGCAGAGUGUCACCUCCUGCUUUAGGACCAUCAAGCUCUGCUAACAGGAUCUCCUCGUGCCUGAAGGAUCACAUUGCAAGGCACUCACUCUUUCCCACCUUGUCUGGGAAGUAAAUCUGUGCUGCGGAAUCUCAGAAAAUCAAAUUCCAUCCUAAGAAUAUUUCACCAAGAAUUUCCUUAGAAGCUGUGCUGGGUCAUGACCCCUGGAUUUAAGAAAUUCUUAAAGACAAUGUUGAAUAUGAUCCAAGAGAAAAUGUGAUUUUAGUCUGGAGACAAUUGUGCAUAUCACCUAAUAAUAAAAAUCCUGGAUUGCUGAUAGAAGAGAAAAUAUUUUGAAGAUUUCUACAGUUAAAAAGGAAAGCUACUUCUAGUUUGAUUCAUAUUAUAUAGCAUAUUUCAUUUUGGCCUUAAUGAUGGAGAAAAAAUGUAUCCUGCCCUCUCUACUUCUCUUGCCUUUUUUUAUGAUUCUAGUCAUAGCAGCAUCAGAAGAAGAGAGCUAUGAGAAAUCAAUUCAUUUGGGAGUUACUAGAAAUAAAAUCAUGACAGCUCAGUAUGAAUGUUACCAAAAAAUUAUGCAAGAUCCCAUUCAACAGGGAGAAGGCGUCUACUGCAACAGAACAUGGGAUGGAUGGCUGUGCUGGAACGACGUUGCAGCAGGAACUGAGUCGAUGCAGCUCUGCCCUGAUUACUUCCAAGACUUUGAUCCUUCAGAAAAAGUAACAAAGAUCUGUGACCGGGAUGGAAACUGGUUUAGACAUCCAGCAAGCAAUAGAACGUGGACGAAUUAUACCCAGUGUAAUGUCUACACCCCUGAUAAAGUGAAGACUGCACUGAAUCUGUUUUACCUGACUAUAAUAGGACAUGGAUUAUCUAUUGCAUCACUGCUUAUCUCACUUGGCAUAUUCUUUUAUUUCAAGAGCCUAAGUUGCCAAAGGAUUACAUUACACAAAAAUUUGUUCUUCUCUUUUGUUUGUAACUCUGUUGUCACAAUCAUUCACCUCACUGCAGUGGCCAACAACCAGGCCUUAGUCGCCACAAAUCCUGUUAGUUGCAAAGUAUCCCAGUUCAUUCACCUUUACCUGAUGGGCUGUAAUUACUUUUGGAUGCUCUGUGAAGGCAUUUACUUACACACACUCAUCGUGGUAGCUGUGUUUGCAGAGAAGCAACACUUGAUGUGGUAUUAUUUUCUUGGCUGGGGAUUUCCACUAAUUCCUGCUUGCAUACAUGCUGUUGCCAGAAGCUUAUAUUACAAUGACAAUUGCUGGAUCAGUUCUGAUACUCACCUCCUCUACAUUAUCCAUGGCCCAAUUUGUGCUGCUUUACUGGUGAAUCUUUUUUUCCUAUUAAAUAUUGUCCGUGUCCUCAUUACCAAGUUAAAAGUCACCCACCAAGCAGAAUCCAAUCUCUACAUGAAAGCUGUGAGAGCCACUCUUAUCCUAGUGCCACUACUUGGCAUUGAAUUUGUGCUGAUUCCAUGGCGACCUGAAGGAAAGAUUGCAGAAGAGGUGUAUGACUACCUCAUGCACAUCCUUAUGCACUACCAGGGUCUUUUGGUCUCUACAAUUUUCUGCUUCUUUAAUGGAGAGGUUCAAGCAAUUCUGAGAAGAAACUGGAAUCAAUACAAAAUCCAGUUUGGAAACAGCUUUUCCCACUCUGAUGCUCUUCGUAGUGCAUCUUACACUGUGUCCACAAUCAGUGAUGUUCCAGGUUAUAGUCACGACUGUCCCAGUGAACACUUAAAUGGAAAAAGCAUCCAUGAUAUUGAAAAUGUUGCCUUAAAACAGGAAAGGUUAUAUGACUGAAAAUAUAGGCAUUGUUGCCUGUUUUGUGCCACUCCUAACUCAAGGAUUUCAUGUCUUUACAACCAGGAGACUCAAAUUUUAAAUGAAUUUCUUGAAUGUUAUAAAGAAAAGCCUCCCAUGAAGUGUGUUGAAAAAUGUGUAACA